AUGCAUUCAGUUCAGCUUCUUGGCGGUGCGAUUGCACUCGCGGGUUAUGUCCUGGCGCAAGGUGAGGUUGAAUCUACAGUUGUCUGCGAUGCGGAGACCAAGAUCUGUUACUCGUCAUACACGAACGCAGAGUCCGGCAUGACGUUUGGUGUGGCGCUCCCAAAGGUUGUGACCGACCCCUUCGACGCCAUUAUCAAAAUCACGGCUCCUCUGGACAACAAGUGGGCCGGAUUCGCCUGGGGUGGAGAUAUGGUGUGGGACCCUCUCACCGUUGCAUGGGCGAAUGGCAACUCUGGCGUUGCUUCAGCCCGCUUCGCAUUUGGCAUCAGCAUGCCCCUAGGCUACGAUGGCGCCGAACAUUUUCUCCUGAAAGGGACCAAGACCAACAGCACGCACUGGACAGUCAAUGCCUUGUGCAAAGGUUGCACUGGUUGGAUAGCCAACGAUGACUCCCGGGCUGUACUGAAUGGCACUGGCACAACCCAAUUCGCUUGGGCCUAUGGUGUCUCCUCCGUCGAAGAUCCAGCCAGAAACGACUCUGCGUUUAAUGUGCAUGCUGCUUACGGAAAGUGGUACCAUGAUCUGAAUGCCGCUCGCAUCGACAACUUCGAUUCUUUAGUAAAGACUAAUCUGCUAACAGCUCCUGUAGCUAGCAGCGCUCCCGCACCCACCACGAUCGUGACCAGCACUAAACCUUCCGCCACUACGAAGGCCGUAGCCGCAAUUCCGGCUUCAUGUGCAGGCGCAGGCAACCCUACGUUCUCGAGCCAGUUGGCGAGCGGUUGGAAGGCUACUAAGAUUGCGGGAGGAUUGACGAGCCCUCGAAGCAUUCAGUUCGAUAGUGCAGGAAACAUGCUGGUUGUCCAGUCCGGCAAGGGUAUCUCGUACCAUGUUAUGGGAGCGGAUGGAUGCAUUACAUCGACGAAGAUGUUGGUCUCCCAGACCAACCUUAACCAUGGCAUUGCUCUCAGUCCCGACGGCAAGACUCUCUAUGCCAGCUCCAUGACCCAGGCUUACUCCUGGCCCUAUGACGCUACUGCCGCCUCAGUCGGCACUCGAGCGACCAUCAUCACCGGAAUGGUCAAUGGCGGCUCUCACUUGACGCGCACGCUUGCUAUUUCGGCUCAUGCGCCGAAUCUACUUGUCAUCUCCCACGGAUCGAACGCGAAUAUCGACGCGGGUGCCGCGGACGCCAAGACGGGCCGUGCGAUCAUCAAGGUUUUCGACCUUACCACAAUCCCCAGCGGCGGAUACAACUACGCCUCUACUGGCUACACUGCCGGUUAUGGACAACGUAACGAGGUUGGAAUGUGCUUUGACAACAACAAUAUGCUUUGGGGUGUGGAGAACAGCGGUGAUGACUUCAAGCGGACCGUCAACGGCCAAUCCAAGGACGUCCACCAAAACAACCCCGGUGAGAAGAUCCACUAUAUGGGCGACAUCACGAAGCCCAACAACAACUGGUACGGCUACCCAACCUGCUUCACCGUCUGGCAGCCCAGCGACUUCACCGACAAGCAAUUCAAGGUCGGCGAUUGGUUCGUACAGGCUCCCAACAGCACCUUCAACGACGACACGUGCACCCAGAAGGCGACCAGGCCGGCGAUGACUCUGUUCCCUCACUCCGCGCCCAUCGACUGCAAGUUUGAUCCUGACAACAACAACAUGUACAUUAGCUACCACGGCUCCUGGAACCGCCAGCCCACUACGGGCUUCAAGGUUGUCGCCGUGGCCUUCAAGAAGGGCGACGAUGGUAACUACGUCCCUGUCGAGCCGAUCACGAGCACGACCGCGGCCAAGGACAUCUUCUACAACCCUGAUGUCACGAGGUGCCAGGGCAACGGACCGUCUUUCAGCUCGGGCUGCUUCAGGCCGGCUGGUCUUGCCUUUGAUAAGCAGGGCAGGCUGUUCAUGACCAGCGACACUUCGACAAAUGGCGAGCUCUGGAUCUUGGGCCAGUCUUAA